CUGAACUACUCCUUGAAAGUGGCACGUCAACAAACUUGCAAAAGUUAGCAGCCGUAAACGUCGUGAUUCAAUGGAGUCUCAGCAGGAAUUCUUCGCUGGGAUUCCCAAGAUCCCAUAUGUUGCUGGUGCUGGGGCAGAAGAUGUCCUGUGCUUCAAACACUACAAUGCACAGGAGGUUCUUAUGGGGAAGACGAUGGAGGACUGGCUGAGAUUCUCAGUCUGCUACUGGCACACUUUUUGUGGAACUGGUGCUGAUCCUUUUGGUUUUCCAACGCUCCUUCGGUCCUGGAACGAAGGCUCUCCCUUGGAAGCAGCCAAGAAGCGACUGCAGGCUGCUUUUGAGUUUUUUACCAAGAUUGGCGUGAAAUAUUACACAUUUCAUGACAGAGACAUGGCACCUGAGGGCUCCACCCUGGAGGAGUCAAACAAGAAUCUGGAUGAAAUCACAGAUUUAGCUCUUAAAUUACAGAACCAGACUGGAAUCAAAGUGCUGUGGGUGACCUGCAACCUCUUUGCCCAUCCAAGGUACAUGAAUGGUGCAGCCACCAACCCAGACUGUCACGUUCUGGCCUACGCUGGUGCUCAGGUCAAGAAGGGGCUUGAUGUUGCCAAGAAGCUGGGUGCAGAAAACUUUGUGUUUUGGGGAGGUAGGGAGGGUUUCCUCUCUGUCCAUAAUACUGAUGUUGCUGCAGAACUGAAACAUAUGGCCAACUUCUUCAAAAUGGCUGUCAAAUACAAAGAGAAGAUUGGGUUAAAGUGCCAGUUUCUGAUUGAGCCAAAGCCAAAGGAGCCCUGUAAACACCAAUAUGACUACGAUGCUAUGAGCGUCUUAGGAUUCCUCAAGCAUUAUGAUCUGGAACGCGACUUUAAGUUGAACAUUGAGCCCAACCACACCACCUUGGCGGGACACUCAUACGAACACGACAUUGUCAUGGCCUCAGCUUUUGGUAUGCUGGGUUCGGUGGAUGCCAACACUGGUUCCCCUGACCUCGGCUGGGAUACUGACCAGUUCCCAAUGGACAUCAGAAACACAACUUUGGUCAUGAAGACCAUCAUUGAACAAGGUGGCCUGCAACCCGGAGGCCUGAACUUUGAUGCCAAGGUGCGCAGAGAGUCCACUGACCCGGAGGACUUAUUCAUCGCUCACAUUGGAGCUAUGGAUGCUUUUGCUCGAGGACUCAGGAAUGCUGUUUCCAUCCAUGAAGAUGGGCUGAUUGCAAACAUGGUCAAGGAGCGAUACUCAAGCUUCAGCCAAGGCAUUGGACUGAAAGUGGAAGAAGGUUCUGCUACUUUGGAGGAGAUGGAGGCUUUUAUCAAGCAGAAUGGUGAGCCAAAAUCAACAUCUGGGAAACAAGAAAAAUAUGAAUCCAUCUUUAAUUACUAUGUGAAAUAAAGAGUCAUCCUUGCUCAUUGAAAACAAAGUAAUUAAAUUGUGUUAAAUCCACUCCUCAAAGCUCAAAGAGCACAUUAAGUUGAUUGUACCAUGUAAUUAUCUUGUUUAUAAUAGUAAGACAGUCCUGGGUGUGAUGCAGAACAUUAAAAGCACAUUAAAUGCUC